AUGGGAGAAGUAGGCGGCUCCAGUGGGGCUCUGCAGGCGGAGGCCGAGGGAGCGGCGGAUGGAGAGCCGGGCAUGGCGGCCGAAGCGUAUGAUGGCCGAAGGUCCUCCCCCUCCUCUGGCGGAGCUGGCCGAGUGCUGCCGGGAGCUGGACGAGGGGCACCACGCGUGGGCGGCGCACCGGAAGGAGGCGGCGUGGAGGCUCAAGCGCGUGGAGCUCCAGCUGGAGUCGGAGCGCGCGUGCCGGCGGCGCGAGGCCGCGGAGGAGUUCGAGGCCAAGAUGCGCGCGCUGUGGAAGGGAUGGAUCCCAAUUCUACUUUUUGUUUGAUAAUAAGAUUGCUUGGCAACCCCAAAAUAGCUAGAAAAGAUAUCAGUUGUUUCUGUUUUCAGAAGAUUAUUGACUCAGAUUUAACGAACUAUAAUGAUUUGGUGGCAUCAAUCGUAGAGGAGUAUGCACCUGGAUAUUUGGAAGUUCCACAUCUUCAAUACUAUGAUGAGGUUCUGAACACAUUUCCAGAAAUAAAAUCUGAUCAAGAAUUGAUGACAAUGUUUGAGAAACACUCGGAGACAAAGUCUGUUCAAAUGUUCAUUCAAUAUUGUGAUCCCUCUGAACCAUAUACGCCAAUCACUAAGUAUGUCCAACCGAACAGCAAGACAUCACAAGAUGAGGAUAGUUACCUUCGGAACCCAUUACCCGAGAAUGAGCAUGUUGGUAUUGAUGAAGAAGAGAACAUGUAUUCAGAUAAAGAACCUAUUCCUUUAAAUGUGGUUCUAUUUGCUGAUAAAGAGAAGGACAGAAACUAUUUUCCUGAGGAUGUGAGUGUGGAUGAGAGUGAGGAUGAGAGUGAAGUAGAGGAGGAUGAGGAGGUACAGGAGCCAAACCAUGCACCAAAUGUUGAGUACGAUAGAGAAGACCCUCCAAUGACCGUAGGAUCAACAUAUCCUAAUAUGAAUGAGUUUAAGUUGGCCAUUCGUCAACAUGCAGUCAAGCGUGAUUUCGAGUUUAACACAGAGAAGAGUGCACCACAUAGGUUCACAGCCCAUUGUAAAAGAAAAGAUGAAGAUAAUUGUCCAUGGAGGAUACAUGCAUCCACAACAGAUGAUUUGUGUACUGUAGUGGUGAAAACAAAUCCUUUUGAUCAUGAUUGUUCCAGUACAAAAAACCAAAAGAAGGUGAAAAAUGCAACUAAGCACUGGAUAUGUGAGAAGGUGAAGGACUGGCUCAUUGAAGAUGCAACUCUCGGUGCAGAUGAAUUGCGAAAGAAGCUUAAAGAACACUACAAGAUCAAAAUUCACUACAAAAGAGUCUAUAUGGGUAAGCUGCUAGCUUUGAAACAACUAUAUGGUGACUGGGAUAGCAGCUUCAAUAAUUUGUAUAGAUUUAAAUCACAAGUUGAAAGUUGUUGCCCCGGUAGCAUAGUGCAGAUCGAUCAUCAUACUAUAAAUGGUAACAUCAGGUUUAGAAGAAUAUUUGUUGCUUUUAAACCUUGCAUAGAGGGGUUCCGUGUUGGCUGUAGACCAUACUUGGCGGUGGACAGCACCUUCUUGACUGGCAGGUUCAAGGGGCAGCUAGCUAGUGCUACUGCUGUUGAUGGCCAUAAUUGGAUGUAUCCGGUCUGUUUUGGAGUUUUUGACUCCGAAACUAAUGAGAACUGGACCUGGUUCAUGCAGCUGCUUAGACAGGCCAUAGGAUCACCUCUAGGUUUAGCCAUAUGCACUGAUGCUGGGCAGGCAGUGAUGACUGGGGUGAAGGAAGUGUUCCCGGAGGCAGAACAUCGAGAAUCCACCGCCGAGCUCGACCAGCAACCCCGCUAUCUCAAGGCGACGCCUCCAACAAGGGAGCGCCGCCGCCCAAACCGAAGAUUUGAGUUUUCAUCCGAGAUAGGUAGGUCAUGGAUGAAGGGAAUAGACCUCUUUGUCGCCUUCAAGAAGGAGAACAACACCGACAACAUCGUCGACGUAGUGACCGCCACCGUCGGCUAA